AUUUUUGACCCUUUACCCAAACAUUCAUCUCCUUCACUCCACUCGCCAUAGCACACUGUAAGCUUGCUCCACAAACCCACAACUCCAAUGCUAUCCACAGUACAAACCCCUCGUCUUCUGCGUUUCCCUAAUUUCUCUAUCAAAUGUCUCUCCACAUCCCAAAUCCUCACAACCCGUAAAUCCCUCUUAUCCCGUGAAAUCUCAGCCGUUGAUCUUGCCACAACAUUCUUAACACAUUUACGCCACACCGAACCACACCUCAAAAGCUUCCUUUACGUAUCCGACGUCGUUUUAAAAGAAGCUGAAGAAAUUGAUAGGAAAAUUAGGGAUAAUAAUGAAGAGUUAGGCCCACUUACUGGGGUUUUAAUUGGGGUUAAGGAUAAUAUUUGUACAUAUGAUAUGCAAACAACAGCUGGUUCGAAGAUUUUAGAGAAUUAUAAACCAGCUUUUGAUGCUACUGUUGUUGGAAAGAUUAAAAAGUGUGGGGGUAUUGUUGUUGGGAAGACUAAUAUGGAUGAAUUUGGUAUGGGAAGUACUACUGAGGGAUCAGCUUAUCAGGUGACAGCAAAUCCUUGGGAUUUGUCCAGGGUACCAGGUGGCUCAUCAGGGGGAUCAGCUGCAGCUGUUUCUGCUAGACAAUGUAUGGUGUCAUUGGGAAGUGAUACUGGUGGAAGCGUUAGGCAACCAGCAUCUUUCUGUGGUGUUGUUGGUCUGAAGCCGACAUAUGGACGUGUCUCCAGAUACGGACUCGUGGCAUAUGCUUCGUCUCUGGAUGUUAUAGGCUGUUUUAGCUCAUCAGUUGCUGAUGCAGGCAUUCUCCUUCAUGCAAUUUCUGGUCACGACAAGUUUGAUGCAACAAGUAGCAAGAGAGAAGUUCCCGACUUUGCUUCCCAAUUUAUUGCAAGAGAUAAUUUGGAUUCCAGACCUCUGAAAGGACUGAGAGUUGGUCUGAUCCGGGAAACUAUUGAAGAUGGAGUUGACCCGGAAGUAGUUUCCUCAAUCCGUGGUGCUGCUAGUCAUCUUGAAGAACUUGGAUGCACUGUCACCGAGGUCUCGUUGCCAUCCUUCUCUCUUGGAUUGCCAGCUUACUAUAUCCUUGCUUCAUCUGAAUCUUCUUCGAAUUUGUCCCGUUACGAUGGUGUCAGGUAUGGAAAACAAGUUGCUGCUGAUGAGUUAAACUCCCUUUACGGGGAUUCGCGUGCCGGAGGCUUUGGUUCUGAGGUGAAAAUGAGAGUCCUAAUGGGGACAUAUGGUCUGUCUGCUGGUUAUUAUGAUGCGUACUACAAGAGAGCCCAGCAGGUAAGGACUUUGGUAAGGCAAAGCUUCAGGGCAGCAUUAGAUGAGAAUGAUAUUUUGAUUUCACCUGCUGCACCAUCAGCUGCUUACAAAAUUGGUGAAAAGAAGAAUGAUCCAUUGUCAAUGUAUGCUGGCGACAUCAUGACUGUCAAUGUCAACUUGGCUGGUCUUCCAGCAUUAGUUCUCCCGUGUGGAUUUGUUGAUAACAAGUCUGCGGCCCUUCCCGUUGGUAUUCAGAUGAUUGGUGCUGCAUUUGAAGAGGAGAAAUUGCUUAAAGUAGGGCAUAUCUUUGAGCAGACGUUGCAAGGCUGCUCUUUUAUUCCUCCUCUAGUCACUGAUGAAUUGGCGUGCCAGUCGUGAAUUCUUGCACAGUUCGGGGGUGGGAGUAUUCUUCCACUUACAGCAGUUAAUAAACCUAAUGACUUCGUGAAAUACACUGGAUAAAGAGUGGAAAGCUCUGUACUAAUAAGGAAGACGGAUGCAUCUAAUCCCGUAUCAAAAGUUCCACCAAGCUUUCCAGGCUCGUGCAGCCGUUGCCAAAAGAAUUCUUGUGUUCAGAAAGUUUUCUUGUGCUGGAUUCUUUUUUUAGGAGGAUUGGCGGAUAAAUAUGCGCCAAUUGAGUAUUCAUAAGAACUCUCGGUAUCUGGGAUACUUGUAGCUUAUUGCAAGCAUUUUUUUUUUAAAAAAAAAUUAGCAUGGAUCAAUUUUGACACUUUGAUGUAAACAUUUGUUUAUUUCAUCUUCUUUAUUUUCUGGAAAGUUGUUUAACAUUAUUCUUAAGGUGGAUAAAUUCUUGUAUCAGAUAAAGAUAUAACUUGUUCUAAUUUGUUCUAUGUUCAAGUGCUCUUCCAUAGUUGGCCCUUUAAUAUCUUUAAGUUUAACUCAGUCCUGUUCUCAUGUAAAGAUUUUUUGGUCUCAAACUUUUCCUUUUGCCUACGAAGAUUGUUGAAGUUAUUGAGAGAAUAUGCAGAACCUUUCUUUGGACAGUGAAUUUGGAAAUGACCAAGAAAGCACUUUUGGCUCGGGAGAAACUGUGCUUGCCCAAGACUGCAAGAGGGAUAACUUACUGAAUGUUCACCUUUGGAACAAAGCAGCCUUGUGCAAGUUAUUAUGGAAGUUAACUGAGGAGGAUAUCCUUAGGGUGAGAUGGACACAUUCUUAUGGACACAUUCUUACUGUGAAAGCAGAGAUCCACUAUGCGGCAUGGCUCAUAAACAGGCAUGUUGGAUGAUACAGAAAGUUCGCAAAGCAGCUAAGUAUGUAGAGGAAGCUGGUAUGACAAAAGAAGAUCUUUUAGCACUCAACUCCUUCUAAGAAGAUGUAUCUGAAGCUAUUGGGACAACACCCUAAAGUUCCCUGGAGAAGGCUAAUUUGCAACAAUCCAGGGGCUCCAAAGUGGCUAUUUAUAGUAAACCUGAUAGCCCAUGGGAGACUCAUUACCAGGGAAAGAUUCGCUAAAUGGGGAUUGAUUGAGGAUGAGGAUUGUCCUCUCUAUCACGAGGAGGUGGAAACCAUUGAUCACUUGUUCUUUGCUUGUAAGUUUACUGCUCCUGUUUGGGAUAAACUUCCUAUUUGGCAAGGUAUCACAAGAGGGGGCAAUGAAGUGGUCAGAUGAAAUGAACUGGUUUGAAAGAUCCAGUGGAGGCAAAGGGGCAGCAGCUACCAUUUUUCGCUUGACAUUAGCUGCUGCAACUUAUCAUGUUUGGCACGAUAGGAAUAUGGUGGUCUUUCAGAAAAUACAGAGGCAAAUUGAGUACAUCGUCAGGCUGAUCAUCAAAGAGGUGUUUGUUCAAGGAAGCAUGUUGAAAAAGUUGGAAAGAAAGCUGUUAAACUUGAACUUCUACCCUGUUUAGAAUACAAGUUAUAAUUUACCUUUGGAGUAGUUUUGAUCUGAAUCACUAAAUCUGGGCCUGUCCAGUUUAGUGGUUUUUUUUCGUGCUGUAAUGUUUCACUUGGUAAUAAGCUCUGUGGAGUGUUACAAAAAUGCAACCUUCGCUCAAGAGACGGAUCUUGAAUUUAUAUUUGAA